AUGCCCGGGGGAAAGAGAGGGCUGGUGGCGCCGCAGAACACUUUCCUGGAGAACAUCGUCCGCCGUUCCAGUGAGACCAGCUUCCUCCUGGGAAACGCUCAGAUCGUGGAGUGGCCGGUGGUUUACAGCAAUGACGGAUUCUGCAAACUGUCUGGUUUCCACAGAGCUGAGGUCAUGCAGAAGAGCAGCACAUGCAGUUUUAUGUACGGAGAGCUGACGGACAAGAAGACCAUCGACAAAGUCCGGCAGACGUUCGACAACUAUGAGUCCAACUGCUUCGAGAUCCUGCUGUACAGAAAGAACAGAAGUCCGGUGUGGUUCUACAUGCAGGUGGCUCCCAUCAGGAACGAGAACGACAAGGUGGUUCUGUUCCUCUGCACCUUCAAGGACAUCACGCUGUUCAAGCAGCCCAUCGAGGACGAGACCACCAAAGUAGGAUGGACGAAGUUCGCCCGGCUCACCAGGGCGCUCACCAACAACCGCAACACGCUGCAGCAGCUGGCGCCCAUCGGCAAGCACGAAGUCAGCCACAAGCAGUCCAGGCUGGCCGAGGUCCUGCAGCUCAACUCCGACAUUCUGCCUCAGUACAAGCAGGAGGCGCCCAAGACGCCGCCGCACAUCAUCCUGCACUACUGCACCUUCAAGACCACGUGGGACUGGGUCAUCCUCAUCCUCACCUUCUACACCGCCAUCAUGGUGCCCUACAAUGUCUCCUUCAAGACCAAGCAGAACAACAUUGUGUGGCUGGUGCUGGACAGCGUCGUCGAUGUCAUCUUCCUGGUGGACAUCGUGCUCAACUUCCACACCACCUUCGUGGGCCCCGGCGGCGAGGUGAUCUCCGACCCCAAGCUCAUCCGAAUGAACUACCUGAAGACCUGGUUCGUCAUCGACCUGCUGUCCUGCCUGCCCUACGACAUCAUCAACGCCUUCGAGAACGUCGACGAGGGCAUCAGCAGCUUGUUCAGUUCCCUGAAGGUGGUCCGGCUGCUGCGUCUCGGCCGGGUGGCCAGAAAACUGGACCACUACCUGGAGUACGGCGCCGCUGUUCUGGUUCUGCUGGUCUGCGUGUUCGGACUGGUGGCCCACUGGCUCGCCUGCAUCUGGUACAGCAUCGGAGACUACGAGGUGAUCGACGAGGCCACCAACACCAUCAAGAUGGACAGCUGGCUGUACCAGCUGGCCAUCAGCAUUGGCUCACCGUACCGCUACAAUGCCAGCGGCUCCGGCCAAUGGGAGGGCGGCCCCGGUAAAGACUCGCUGUACAUCACCUCGCUGUACUUCACCAUGACCAGCCUGACCACCAUCGGCUUCGGAAACAUCGCCCCGAGCACCGACGGCGAGAAGAUCUUCUCCGUGGCCAUGAUGAUGGUCGGAUCUCUGCUCUACGCCACCAUCUUUGGAAAUGUGACCACCAUCUUCCAGCAGAUGUACGCCAACACCAACCGCUACCACGAGAUGCUCAACAACGUCAGGGACUUCCUGAAGCUCUACCAGGUUCCCAAAGGCCUGAGCGAGCGGGUGAUGGACUACAUCGUGUCCACAUGGUCCAUGUCCAAAGGCAUCGACACGGAGAAGGUCUUGUCCAUCUGUCCUAAAGACAUGAGGGCCGACAUCUGCGUCCACCUCAACAGGAAGGUGUUCAACGAGCAUCCUGCGUUCCGAUUGGCCAGCGACGGCUGCCUUCGCUCGCUGGCGGUGGAGUUCCAGACCAUCCACUGCGCUCCGGGAGACCUGAUCUUCCACGCCGGCGAGAGCGUCGACACCCUCUGCUUCGUGGUGUCGGGGUCACUAGAGGUCAUCCAGGACGACGAGGUCAUCGCCAUCUUAGGUAAAGGCGACGUGUUCGGAGACGUCUUUUGGAAGGAAACCACCCUCGCUCACGCCUGCGCUAACGUCCGGGCGCUAACCUACUGCGACCUGCACGUCAUCAAGAGGGAAGCGCUGCUCAAAGUUCUGGAGUUCUACACGGCGUUCGCCAACUCCUUCUCCCGAAACCUCAUCCUCACCUGCAACCUGCGGAAACGGAUAAUUUUCCGCAAGAUCAGCGAGGUGAAGAAGGAGGAAGAGGAGCGCCAGCGGGCCAAGAACGAGGUGCAGCUCACCAUCCCGCAGGACCAUCCGGUCAGGAAGCUCUUCCAGAAGUUCAAGCAGCAGAAGGAGCUCCGCAACCAGGGCGCUGCUGCCGCCUCACAGCCGGACCUGGAAAAGAACCAGCUGCAGGUGGAGCAGCACCAGCAGCACCUGCACCCCCACAGCCUGCAGCUGGGCCACUCCAGCCUGCAGCACUCGCUGCCGCUCAGCCUGCAGCGGCCGCACACCUCCCUGCAGAACGGAGCUCCGCCCAGCAGCAGCGUGCUCACCGUGUCGCAGGUCACGCCCAUGCAGAGCUCGCUGGCCUACAGCCAUCCCAGCGAGCCGCCCGCCAAGCAGAACAACUGUGACAUCAUGGAGCUGCAGCCCAGUUCUACUGGCGGCGUCGGUGAGCAAACUGUCAGGCUCAAAGUCAGCACCAGUCCUGCUCUGGGGAAGCCGGCCGCCAAGGCCAGCGGCUGGAUGAGGCUGAAAAACAACAUGGCUCCGACGGAGGCCCGGAAGGAGGGUCUGAACAACAGCGUGAAGGCCGUCUCCGUGGAGAUGCUCUCUCAGGAUGGUAAAGGUCAGGAGGCCGGGGGCGGCGGCGACGCCGAGGAGGGCGGCAGCAACAACCCGCUCCGCAAGACGGACUCCUGCGACAGCGGCAUCACCAAGAGCGAGCUGAGGAUCGACCGGGCCGGCGAGGCCAGGACCCCCGCCGCCGUCACCCCCCUCCUCCACAGCCCCCUCCCCGGGGGAGCCGGGUCGCCUCACCCGUUCUGCCCGAUACCGGAGCAGGCCCUGCAGGCGGCACUGCAUGAGACCCGGCUGGAACUCCGGGGUGACAUCCAGACUCUGGGAGGCCGGCUGGGCGCCCUGGAGAGUCAGGUGGCCGAAAUUAUCAAACUGCUGUCGGAGAAGCGGCGGCCGUCCACGGGGGCGCCGCCCGCCUCCACCACGCCCAAAACCAAAAUCCAACGUCAGGACAUCUUCACCGUCUCCAGGCCUGUUUCCCCCGACUCAGAGCGGGACGACGGGCUUUGA